AUGCUCCCUCUCCUCCUCCCUCUCCUCCCUCUCCCCUCCUCCCCCUCUCCUCUCCCCCUCUCCUCCCCCUCUCUCUCCCCCUCUCCUCCUCCCCCUCUCCUCCCCCUCUCUCCCCCUCUCCUCCCCCUCUCCUCUCCCCCUCCCUCCUCCCCCCUCUCCCUCCUCUCCCCCCUCUCCUCUCCCCCCUCUCCUCUCCCCCUCUCCUCCCCCUCUCCUCUCCCCCUCAUCCUCUCGCCCCCCUCUCCUCUCUCCCCCUCCUCUCUCCCCCUCCCUCCUCCCCCCUCUCCUCUCCCCCUCUCCUCCCCCUCUCCUCUCCCCCUCUCCUCCCCCUCCUCCUCCCCCUCUCCUCUCCCCCUCUCCUCUCCCCCUCUCCUCCCCUCUCCUCCCCCUCUCCUCUCCCCCUCUCCUCUCCCCUCUCCUCUCCCCCUUCUCACCUCUCCCCCCUCUCCUCCCCCUCUCCCCCUGUCCUCUCCCCCUCUCCUCUCCCCCUCUCCCUCCCCCUCUCCUCUCCCCUCUCUCCUCUCCCCCUCUCCUCUCCCCCAUCCCUCUCCCCUCCUCCCCCCUCCUCUCCCCCUCCCUCUCCUCUCCCCCCUCUCCUCUCCCCUCUCCUCCCCCUCUCCUCUCCCCCUCUCCUCUCCCCCUCUCCUCUCCCCCUCUCCUCUCCCCCUCUCCUCCCCCUCUCCUCCCCCUCUCCUCUCCUCCCCCUCUCCUCUCCCCCUCUCCUCCCCCUCUGCAGUGAGCAUAUAA